ACUCCCACUGUGCAUAUAAAAACCUUUAAAGCCACUGGCAAAAACAGAUGUAAAGAAAAAAACUGAACUGAACGUAACGUUUUGGAUUAGAGGGAUGGAACUCUCUAGUUUUUUGGUGCUGGUUUUAGUCUUGGCUGUGUUGGUAUUGAUCAGAUGGAUAAGAAAGCCAAGUGGACGUUCUUUGCCCCCAGGGCCGCUGGCACUGCCACUGAUUGGAAACUUGCCAAUGAUUGACAAGCGUGCACCCUUUAAAAGCUUCAUGCAGUGGAGCAAAACCUAUGGGCCUGUGAUGACAGUGUACCUCGGGCCUCAAAGAAUGGUGGUUCUGGUUGGUUAUGAUACAGUGAAAGAGGCUCUAGUGGACCAGGCAGAUGACUUUGCUCCCAGAGGCCCCAUUCCCUUUCUAAACAGAGUUGUGAAAGGCUAUGGUCUGAUCGUCAGUAAUGGUGAACGCUGGCGUCAACUGAGGCGGUUCACUCUCACCACACUGAGGGAUUUUGGAAUGGGCCGUAAGAGAAUGGAACGGUGGAUUCAAGAAGAGAGCAAGCAUUUGCUGAAAAGUUUUGAAGAAACCAGAUCUAAACCAGUCGACCCAGUCUUCUUCAUGAGCCGGGCUGUGUCCAACGUGAUCUGUUCUUUGGUGUUUGGGCAGCGCUUUGAUUAUGAUGACAAAAGCUUCCUGCACUUGCUCCAGAUCAUCUCCAGACUUGUGCGCUUUGUCAGCAGCCCUUGGGGCCAGCUGUGCAACAUCUUCCCUCGACUAAUGGAGCACUUGCCAGGAAGUCAUAACACCAUCUUAAGAGAGAUUGACGACAUCAGAACCUUCAUUAUGAAUAAGGUUAAGGAGCAUGAGCAGAAUCUAGACGUCAAUGACCCAAAGGAUUUUAUUGACUGCUUCCUUAACAGAUUCAAUCAGGAAAAAGACAAUCUUGACACAGAAUUCCACAAAAAUAACUUGAUGGCGACUGUUUUAAAUCUGUUUGUAGCUGGGACGGAGACCACCAGCACAACUCUCAGAUAUGCCCUGAUGCUGCUGAUCAAACACCCCCACAUACAGGGGCAAAUGCAAAGGGAGAUUGACAGAGUUAUUGGAAGGAACAGGGUCCCUACAAUGGAAGACAAGAAGUCCCUCCCCUUUACUGAUGCUGUGAUUCAUGAAGUACAACGUUUUCUGGACAUUGUCCCACUAAAUAUUCCCCAUUAUGCCAUGAAAGAUAUCACAUUCAGAGGUUAUGUAAUUCCAAAGGAUACAGUGAUUAUUCCCAUGUUGCACUCUGUUCUACGAGAUGAGGUACAGUGGGAAACCCCUUGGACAUUUAACCCAGAGCACUUUCUGGAUGCCAACGGCAACUUUAAAAAGAAUCCAGCCUUUAUCCCCUUUUCUGCAGGUAAACGCUCUUGUGUGGGUGAGUCUCUGGCUCGUAUGGAGCUCUUUCUGUUCAUCGUGUCUCUGCUUCAGAGGUUCAGCUUCAGUAGUCCACAGGGUCCAGAUGGCAUAGACCCCAGUCCUGAACUCAGCAGCUUUGCCAACAUGCCUCGAUUCUAUAAGCUCAUUGCCUCCCCCCGCUGAACAACAUGGAUAAAUAGCUCAGCAGUCAACACCAGGAUGAAUUACUAGAAAAGGCAUUUGGAAUUUCAAAGGGGGAACAUUUGUCAAUUUACCCUAACAUUUACUGUAAUAUUGCUGAUAUUCUGAUAUUUCUGUUUUCUGUUUUUCUUCAACAUCACCAAAUAAAAAUGUAUCAUCAUAUGAAAAAUAAAUACCACAAACAAUUGUGUGUAGUUUUGAA